CAUGGAGGGAAAGUACUCAGAGCCUCUGGGGCUGCGGGUCGCUGAAGGCUGAGUGGACUUCUGGAAAGCUCUCCUGCACAUGGUGUGAGGAAACCUCCGGGCAAAGGCAGAGAAAAUGUGUUUAAAUCUGAGCCUUUAACGACCGUGAAUCAAGCCGAAAAACGUCCCUGUCCGUGGAGCCAGCUGGGAUACCGAGGUGGCUAGCUAGCAUAGCUUACUGGAGCUGCUAAUGGCAGCGAGCUGUUUGAGCGAAGUGACUGUGAAACACCGGCUAAUAAAACCGUGUUUUUAAUGGUCCAUGUAACAGACAGCGCGGUGACAUCGCAGCUGUGCUUAAGAAGUGACGACCACAACAGUGGGGGGGCACACCGUGCAGAGCCCAACAUUAGCUUAGCUUAGCUUGUUCUUUAGCGGGCUUGUCAUGCCGGCUCGGAAGAGAAAGUUACUCCCACCUGCUCAGCUGUGCGAGCGCUUAGAUGCGGCUCCUGAGCAAACGCAGCGAAAGACCACCCGAGCGGAGGGGGGCGACAGAGACGAGGCGCAAGAUCAAGAAGAGCACCGCAGUCAGUAUUUUGCGAGUAACGAUGAAAGUGGAGCCAGGUUAAGAUAUAACUUCUUCAACCAACCAUGUGUUGAUCUAGCCAGGGCCUGUCUGGGUAAGGUGCUGGUGCGGAGACACUGCAGUGGCACAGAGCUGAGAGGGAGGGUGGUGGAGACGGAGGCUUACUUGGGUGGGGAGGACAAAGCGUCACACUCGGCUGGAGGGAAACGCACAGAGAGGAAUGCCGCCAUGUUCAUGAAGCCUGGGACUGUCUAUGUUUAUCCCAUCUAUGGCAUCUACCUCUGCAUGAAUGUCUCCAGUCAGGGGGAGGGGGCGGCAGUGCUGUUACGCUCUCUGGAGCCCCUCCAGGGGCAGGACGUUAUGAGGAAGCUGCGGGCAGCCAAACGAAGAGAUGGUGCCAGGGCCCUGAAGGACAGGGAGCUGUGUAAUGGUCCGUCCAAGCUCUGCCAGGCCCUGGAUAUACAACGCUGCUUUGACCGCAGGGACCUGGCCACAGACACUGAGGUGUGGCUAGAGGACUCUGAAGGGGAGACACCAGGAACUAGAGAGGUGGUUUCAGCCCCACGGAUUGGUAUAGAAUCUCAUGGAGAAUGGGCCACAAAACCCCUACGCUUCUACCUGCGGGGUCAUGCUUGCGUGAGUGUAGUGAACAAAGAAGCUGAGAGCAAACUAGAUGUAACUGCCAAGUCUCAUCAGGCUACUACAUGAAGACAGAUAGCAGAAAACUGACAUUCUUCAUGAAAUUUGAGAAUGUAAAAUUCCCAUUUUUGCCAUUAUAGCAACAGUUCACUUUUAUCUAAGCCAAAGAGCUUAGGUAUUUUCUUAUAAACAUUUAUGUCUGACA